AUGGGGAAGGAACAGCUGCUGGAUGCGUUAGCGGGUCUGCAGUCUGCGGGAUCUGUAGAGGGUAUUCGCGCGCAAUUCGGGGUAGUGCAUGAAGCUUUAAGCGACAUUCGGCGCAAGCGCUGGAGAUUUCUGGAAGAUACGUGCUCGCUCGUGCUACGCCACGUCUUCGGACUAGCCUCCAGCGACGUAGAUGAAGCUGUAGACGAUGAAGACAGUCGGAAACCCUCAAUUUCCACGCUGGAAGGUCUCGAGUUGUGUCUCGAAUUCAUUGAACCAUUGAUACACGCGACGGUGUCCAUCGUUGACGCUCUGGACGACGAACAAGAAGCUGCCAGUCAACGUGGAGUGCUCGUUGCUGCUCUAUUAAACCUAUUUGCCAGGGUUCCAAGAGCUAGCGAAGCGGAGUCACGCCUUGUGGCCGACGCGCUGCUGUGUGGGGUGGAUAUCCACGCGAUCCUGGCUACGCUUCGCUUCCGAGAGGAGCUAAUCGAGUGUCGACGCGCAUUGCUUCCGUCGUACGAAAGUGACUCGGAAGCAGAGUCCGAGCUGGACUCUGACGACGACGAGGGAAUGCUGCAAGAGACGGGCGAGUUUGAGAGCGAGGAUGUGCUGUGGAUCACCGAACACGUGGCCAAGACGUGGGGAUUGUCAAAGUAUCGAUACUUCCUACAGACGUCAGGACAAGAAUACGCCUUUGCAGCCUGGUCUUACCGUGGCAUCGGGAAUUUUGUGCACGCGAUGCUUACAGACGAACAGUAUGGCGCUCACGCGUUGACUGCAGUGGUGUCGCCUUUCUCGUGGCUGUUCCACAUUGCUGCGUACGCACACUACAUGAUUCAUUCGGAAGACCACCAGUUGCUGCGUGUUGUCGUCGGCCUCUGCCCCCAAGGGAAACUGGCACUGAAUGCUGACAGGAGAUGUGACACACACAGUAACGUACCCGAGUCGUUCCGAGGGCAAGCUGCAUCGUUUCGAGAGCGAGAUUGGAUGUCUCCUUUGAUUCAGGUCGUCACAAACGCCAUGGUUUCUUUUCCUGAAGCCAACGACAGAUCUUCUGCUCUAGCAGUUUUAAAAGAACUCGUUUCCAAGAUUACACUCGCUGAUCGGUUUUAUAUCCUCCGGGAUCUCAUCGUGAAGUGUCCAUACGGAAACGUUGCAGCUGUGCUGGUGGAUUUUGUUCGCAACGAUGCAGUACACGCUUGGUCUUCCUCUACAACUCCGCAAUCGCCAUUCCAGACGACAGCUAUCUGCAUUUUGCUGCAAGACACACUAACCCAGUCUGCUGAACGCGAUCUUGUAUUGCAUGCUGAUCUAAUCGCGAGCUGUUUAAGUCUGCUUCGGUUUCUAUACAUUCGCGACAAGGACAACUCAACUGGCAUUCGAACCAAGAGUAUCGACGGCGGUGUCUGGGAUGUGUUGACACGAAUCAACAAACGCCUUCAGCUGAAGAUUCAAGAAUCGACAUCAGGUCACACAUCGCUGGGAUCGACGCUGGAGCUUUGCCGCUAG